UCCUUUUCUUUUACUUACCUUUUCACUUUCAUAUUUAGAUCCCUUUGUUUCGUGAACUGAAUCUCUCCAUCGUCGAUCUUUGCUUAAAUCUGUUUUUCCUUCAAUUCUCACAUCAAAGAAACUAGUAGUAGUAACUAACUAAAUGGCGUCCACAUCCAACAGGGGUCAAGGAGGAAUUCAGCAAUUGUUGGCUGCUGAGCAAGAAGCACAACGGAUUGUGAAUGCUGCGAAAAAUGAAAAAUCGGCUAGGUUGAAACAAGCCAAAGAAGAGGCUGAAAAGGAGAUUGCUGCAUACCGGGCUAAGCUUGAGGCCGAGUUUCAAAAGAAAGUGUCAGAUAGUAGUGGUGAUUCUGGAGCUAAUGUCAAGCGACUUGACCAAGAAACUGAAGAAAAAAUCCAUCACCUGAAAACAGAGGCUGAUAGAAUUUCAGAUGAUGUUGUCGCCAUGCUCCUUAAGCAUGUAACAACUGUGAAAAAGUAGGAACCUUUGAUGAUCUGUUGGUGCAGCUGAGCAGGCCCCUAAAUUAUGUUGAUUGUCAUAUCUCAAAAUUAUUUUUGGAUCUAGAUAUUUUGGUGCGGAUGAUAUUGUUGUUAUUAUUUAAAACCUUGCUGCGAUGUAUUCAAAUAAAUAAUUUCGUGUUUGUUCAAAUAAACAGUUCAAAAUUCAAAGACAUUUCUAUU